ACAAACCGAAGCCAGUAUUCCGUCGACUUUGUCGGUACGCGGUUCGUCGGUAUCGAAUUUAUCUCGACUUUCGUUUAAAGGAUCAUCGACAAAGUAAUAACAACAACAAAAAAAAAACAAGUUUCAGAAAACUGAAAAAAAAUAAAAGUUAGUUCAGUGCUCGUGUUUUAUAAGUUACUUUACAUAUUUCGUUUUUUCCUGAACGGAGAAAGACAGAGAUUUAACGCAGAUCACCAACGAAGAAAAAUUCAACAAUAACUCAAGAUGGUUUACGAUUGCGGCGCCUGCAUCGCGAAAUAUUUGCUAUGCAUCUGGAACUUCCUAUUCUUUCUCAUCGGCUCUGCUAUUUUGGCCAUAGGCAUAUGGCUGGCCGUCGAAUCUGAAUCAUUCAUCAGUCUUCUGAAGGUCAUACCCAAAGAACACCUAGCGGUAAGUCAAAUCUGA